GAGUUGGGAAGGAAUCCGAAAUAUCAAAGGACCAGCCUCCUUUGCAUACAGACUUGGAGUUUUCCAAUUUCUAUUUAAACAAGAACAAUUCUCCUCAAACGAAAAUCAGACCACUCCAAGUUCAUCAACUCUUUAGUCCCAUCAAUUCUUCCAAGUACCUCUUUAGAUUCUCAGUCCCUCGAAACUCCAAAAUGCCAUCCUCAGAACUGAUUUCUUACGACGAGGCCCAGAACUCAGCCUUCGACAAUGUCCUCCACCGAAAAUCAAAAGAGUCCAAAGGCGGAAUGCGAGCCAUGAUCAACAAAGACAACAAAGCACACGCCGCAGCUGUCGAUGAAUACUUCCAGUUCUGGGAUAACAAGAAAGCCGAGGAUGAAGUCGAGGCUGUACGACAGGAGAGAACUGAUAACUAUGCCAGUUUGACAAGACAGUAUUAUAACCUCGCAACUGAUCUCUACGAGUACGGAUGGUCUCAGUCUUUUCAUUUCUGCCGUUUUGCCUACGGAGAGGAUUUCAACCGCGCUAUUGUUCGACACGAACAUUACCUCGCUCAUAACAUCGGUAUCAGGCCUGGUAUGAAAGUCCUGGAUGUUGGAUGUGGUGUUGGGGGACCUGCUCGAGAAAUUGUCAAGUUUACUGGUGCUCAUGUUACUGGGUUGAAUCUCAACGAGUAUCAAGUCCAACGGGCAACUAUAUAUGCUGAGAAAGAGGGUCUUUCUGAUAAGCUUAGAUUUGUCCAAGGAGACUUUAUGAAAAUACCAUUCCCGGACAACUCUUUCGACGCCGUCUAUGCCAUCGAAGCAACCGUCCACGCACCCUCCCUAGAAGGCGUCUACAGCGAAAUCCGACGAGUCCUCAAACCCGGUGGUGUCUUUGGCGUCUACGAAUGGCUCAUGACAGAAACCUACAACAACGACGAUCUCGAACAGCGCCGUAUCCGUCUAGACAUCGAGCAAGGCAACGGCAUCGCGCAGAUGUUCAAGAUCGACCACGGUCUAUCAGCCAUUAAAGCGGCUGGUUUCGACCUUCUUCAGCAUGAGGAUCUCGCAGCUACAGAUGACGGAACGGCACCGUGGUACUGGCCUUUGGACAGUAACAUGCGAUAUGCGCAGACUAUCGGUGAUUUCUUUACGGUUUUGAGGAUGAAUAAGUGGGGGAGACUUGUGAUGCAUAAUGUAAUUGGGGCGUUGGAGGCGUGUUGGAUUGCGCCGAGGGGGACGAGGAAGACGGCGGAUAGUCUUGGUCAGGCUGCGGAUGCGUUGGUUGAGGGUGGGAAGAGAAAGUUGUUUACGCCGAUGUAUUUGAUGGUUGGGAGGAAGCCUGAGGAGGGCAAGUGACGGUGGAUUGGUAAGACGUUUGCAAGGGGCAACGGAGAGCUAUGGAGAGCUUUUAAUGGAAGACUAUUGGUAAGGGGUGGUAUACCCCAUGGAGAUAAUAGAUUAAGAAAUCGAUAUUGAUCUGCUCAGUCAAGCAAAAUGUUUCAUUAUUAAUCGCAAUUAUUACUUUCGCC